UUCAACGAGUCAGUUCUCUCUCUAUUAAAACUUUGUUUUUUUUUAUCAGAAGCAAAUCGCUGAAAACCCAGAGAGAGAGAAUGAGCAGAGGAAGCGGAGCUGGAUAUGAUCGGCAUAUCACCAUAUUCUCCCCUGAAGGCCGCCUCUUUCAAGUCGAGUAUGCGUUCAAGGCAGUGAAGGCAGCUUCCACCACUUCCAUUGGAGUUCGUGGCAGCGAUUCUGUAUGUGUUGUUACUCAAAAGAAGGUUCCGGACAAGCUUUUGGAUCAGACUAGUGUUACUCACCUUUUCCCUAUUACCAAGUUCCUUGGAUUACUGGCCACCGGCAUUACUGCUGAUGCAAGGAAUUUAGUGCAACAAGCAAGGAAUGAAGCGGCGGAGUUUAGGUUUAGAUAUGGGUAUGAAAUGCCUGUGGAUGCAUUAGCCAGAUGGAUAGCAGACAAAUCGCAAGUUUAUACACAGCAUGCAUAUAUGAGACCUCUUGGAGUAGUUGCUAUGAUUUUGGGUAUUGAUGAAGAGAACGGGCCUCAGCUUUACAAGUGUGAUCCAGCUGGCCACUUUUAUGGUCACAAGGCUACAAGUGCUGGAUUGAAAGAACAAGAGGCUAUCAAUUUCCUGGAAAAGAAAAUGAAAAAUGACCCUGCUCUCUCCUAUGAGGAAACUGUGCAGACUGCUAUUUCUGCUCUGCAAUCUGUUCUCCAAGAGGAUUUCAAGGCAACUGAGAUAGAGGUGGGAGUUGUGAGAACUGGUGACUGUGUUUUUAGAGUGCUGUCCACCGAGGAAAUUGAUGAACAUUUAACUGCUAUCAGUGAACGUGAUUGAUCUAUGGAGCAAUCAGAGCCACUUGGGGAAAUGUUGCUAUAAUUUGAAGUUAUCCAAACAUUCUUACUUAAUUAUGGAGUUUGACAGGAAAAGGAAGAGUUGGAAACAUUGUUUUGAAUUGUAUUCCAAGAUCCCUCCCAAUAUUUGUUAAAUUGCCAAAUCAUGUUUCCAUUAUUGACAUUUCUGCAGUUUUCUGUCUGCUGUCUUCCAUGAAAUGAUAACGGAUCGGUUUAGGGAGAA